AUGGCUGGCGGUGUUGUUUUCGGCGAUGGUCAAAUUGCAUUUUUAUGUAUCACAACGGUAUCUUUAUUUGGGCUGCUCAGCAACGGUUUCUCACUUUACAUAAUACGUACGAGAUCACUCUUCCGCAAUGCAUUUGGAGCUCUAUGCAGCAGCUAUCUAAUUUGCAACUUAGAAGCCAUAGUUUUACUUUUGAUAUGGUGUACUAUCGUCUUAAGCGUAAAACCUCCAACAUUAUCGUCAUCAACAAUUUUUUCCAUACGACUAAUAGGCGUAUUGGUGAACGGAGCGUGGUUUGGAUCGCUUUUUGUGCAUUUCUUUGUUGCUCUUAAUCGAUUGUGCGCUAUUGUAUAUCCGAUAAGAUAUAGGGAACUAUGGUCAGAAUCAAAGGCUUUCGCUGCUGGAAUCUUUUCAUGGACAGUUGGAACUUCCUUGUGCAUGGUACAGUUAUACAAAGGAUGUUCAUUUGUAUUCAAUGAAAACUGGAACUAUACCUUUCUCUAUCAAAAUUCUUUCUGUGGUAAAAUAUGUGCUUAUACUGAUACCGUAAUAUCGAUAGGAAUAAUAGCGGCAACUGGAUGCACUGAUCUCACUACCUUGAUAAAAAUACUUGCAUAUCGUAGGACAAUUCGAAGAAAUAAGGUUUUCUCCAUUGUUAAUGCUAUCAAAGGACGAGAUGUGUCAUUCUUCAAACAGUCAUGUAUUCUCAACUCAUUCUACAUCGGAUGCAUUAUCAUGUUCAAGACCAAUUCGUAUUUCUUCACUGAUAAAUGGUUACUGUUCGCAUCGAGUGCAGUCGCAUUAAUUCUGAUGCUGUCAUUAGACGGUUUCCUUCUAUUGGUUUCGUACCGGAUAGCAAGUCGUUGGAGAUCUGAUUUUCGUAGAACGGCAACAUCAGUUUUACGCGUCGAUAACCUGAAGAAAUUUUCAAAGUGGCGUAUUCUGAAGAAAAGCGAGAUAAGUGUCUAUGAGAUGAUUACGAGC